AUGGAUUCCAAAAAUUCCAAGUAUAAGAAAUUUAUAAACGGCAUCCAAGAUGGCGUAGGCACAGUCCUAGAAUUGGGUAUUUCGAUCUCUCAGGCAAUCCCUGUUGCUAGCAACAUUGUCCUAGUUAUUGAUAGGAUAAUGGAGUUGGUUCAGAAGGCCACAUCAAAUAAGGCUCUUUGUAACUUCAUUGGUGAACGCCUAUAUUACGCAAGAUCGAUGCUAGAAACAAAUCCAGUCGACGAUAGUAUAGACGUGGAAGUCUUAAAUCGUUAUCUCGAUGUGUUAAACGCGGUGGAAGAACGCAUCAAAAUAAUAACAGAAGAUAAAGAUAAGAUAAAAGUGUGGAUAAAUAUAAAGAAUUUUACGACGGCGAAAGAGCUUGAACAAGAACUUAUGCUAUUAUAUUACGCACUCACCUCAGCAAAUGAUGAGCUUUCUCUUUCAAUAAUGAAAGCCACACAUAAAAAUUUAAUAGAAAUGCAAGGGAAUGUAACAAAGAUAAACACAGGUGUAGAUCAACUUCAGAAGGACAUCCAUAUACUUGCCAUGAAUCUUGACAUGGAUGGUUGGAAAACGGAAAACGUCAUGUUGAAAGCGGAAAAAAUUACGGAGCUGCAAAAUCAGCCGAGAGUUAUUCGGGGCAGUCGAGGACAAGUUGUUAAGAAAAAAUAUCUGACACAAGACGUUGCCCAAAUAUCAGAACACAAUGAUGAAUUAUCCUUAAAAGUUGUCAGUUUGCUUAAAUUAUUGACAAAUUGUGAAAACGUGAUUAAACUGAAGUUAUAUUUGAUUACCGAAUGGUGUGAACACGGUAAUCUUGAAGAAUAUUUGUUGAAAAAUAAGGAACUCGACUGGAACAUAAGAGUCAACAUCGCCAUGGACAUUGCCAAUGGGAUAGUAUUCUGUCAUGACCGUGAUAUCCUACAUCGCGACAUUAGAACGUCUAAUAUAUUGCUUGAUGCACGCUUACGUGCUAAACUUUCAAAUUUCAAAUGGGCUCGUAGGGUUCAGAGCGUUUCCGUUCCUAAGGAAAGAUUGAUUGAUGUUUCCAGAUACACAGCACCCGAAAAACUUAAAGAUGAUAAAUAUCCCUACUCAAAGCGUUGCGAUAUUUAUAGUUUCGGCAUUGUCCUCUGGGUUAUUGCUGUACAAGAGGUUCCUUAUGCAAAUAUGGAAAACUUCACAAAGAUUUCUAAGCACGUCCUAAAUGAAAAUCGUCCUGAACCUGUCGACGAAUCCAUCAUCCCAAAAAAGUACAUUGAAAUUAUGAAAGAAGCAUGGAGUCAUCUCAGUAGUAACCGUAAAAGUGCCGACGUAAUGUACAAUAAGCUUUCUAAAUGUUUGACAGAUGAUGAUGAUGUAUCAUCGAUCACUCUUUCAGAAGAAACUGCUAAAUUUAACGAAGCAGUUGGUAACCAUGGCCUUCAUAAGUAUGAAGAAGCCUGGCCGAUUUUCCGCGACUUGGCAUCUGCCAAUCACACCGAAUCGAUGUUUUACCUCGGCUAUUAUUAUGAAAAAGGAUAUGUCGUGCCUCAAAACAUCGAAAGAGCACUAAAAUAUUACCGGAAGUCAGCUAAUGCGGACUGCAGUCAUGCAUCUUAUAAUUAUGCCAGAGUUUGUUCAAGAAUCGCCCAUGAAUACAUGGAGAAAGCUGCAAAACUUGGACACUUCAGUUCUGGCAUGAUAUUAACUGAAUGGUCUCUCAUAGAACUCCGCAUGUCUCCUUUGCGUGAUAAGUGUAAUCGUCUUUUGAGUUAUCUAGACGCCGACAAAGAAGAACUUAGACGGAAUGAUAAAUUUUCUUCGGAUGAUCGAAAUGAGCUCGAUGAAAGGAUCGAAUAUUUACGAAAGGAGAUUAUGCAAAUACUCGAUUAUUCGCAAACCGAGUAA